AUAUGUAAAUGCCGCCAUUUCAAAACCCUCACUAAUAAGUCUGUAAUCUGCAUUUUCUUUUGUUGUGGUUCUAAAGAGGGAAAGCGAAAAAAGGGUUAAACGACCGAGUGACUCAGUCAGUUCUCUAAUUUUUCGAAUCGAAUGAGCGAAUAUCAGAAACCCUAAUGGUUACCAUGAAUGCACGAAUCGCAUAAGCGAGGAUGGACUUUUGGUGUAUUGUUGAUAUAGGUCAUUCUUGGAUGAUUCAGAAUUUUUUCCUUCGACGCUACACUAGCUCUUAAAAUGAAACCAAAAACAACUGCUGUACCCAGAGCUCAGAAGUCCAAACCAUUUCAGGGCGAUGGACCUAAUUGGCUUCUUAUUGCUGGUGGUGCCUUGUUAAGUACACUGUCAAUUCGUCUUGGUUACAAGCUGAAGCAAGCACUUGACACAAAGCACCAGGAGAAUGCUAGAAGUGGAAAAUCCUCUGACAGAAGGAAGUGCCGUGUGCACUCAAAUGUUUAUUCCUUUACACAACAAAGUGAUGGCAGUUGCUUUAAUUGCAUGUCAGGAACUGAGGCCAUGAUGGAGAUGAAGUGCCUGCCCGAUGGCCAGAUGCUGAGUGAAUCUGAUGGAGCUCUGCCUCUAGUUAAAGUUCCCACCCCUGAAUUUAACAAGGAGAAUGGCAUUGUCUGGGCAUCUUCUCCUGAUCGCCUUGAGUUGCCUCCAAAGCCAUUCCUCCACUAUUCAAACUGCUCAGAUUCUCCAUGUGUUUCAGAGUCUGGCUCUGACAUCUUCAGUAAGCGGGAUGUAAUACAAAAACUAAGGCAACAAUUAAAGAGAAGAGAUGACAUGAUACUAGAGAUGCAGGAUCAGAUUGUAGAACUGCAGAAUUCACUGAAUGCUCAGCUGGCACAUUCAACCCAUCUGCAGUCACAACUUGAUUCAGCAAACAGGGACUUUUUUGAUUCUGAGAGAGAAAUUCAAAGGCUUCGGAAGGCAAUUGCAGAUCACUGUGUGGGACAUGCGAGCCCCAACGGCAAAUCAUCCCCAGUCACUAUUUGGCAACCUGAAGCAACAAAUGGUCAUGCAAAUGGGUAUCUUGAUGGGGAAAGUAAUUUUGAUGCAACUGAAAAAGGAAGAGGGGAUGGGGAGAGGGUUGAGAUGCUCAAGAGGGAAGUGGGAGAAUUGAAGGAGGUGAUAGAAGGAAAGGAGUACUUGCUGCAGAGCUACAAGGUGCAAAAAUCAGAGCUCGCUUUGAAAAUCAAUGAGUUGCAGCAGAGACUGGAUUCUCAACUCCCCAAUAUUUUGUAGGCACCUUUAGUUCAUGUGUAUUCUUUUGCUUGUUUUUUUUUUUCAUCUUCUUUGAUUUGAGGCUUCCUGCUCAGAAGCUUCGUUUUCCUCCUUCCUCUCCUUACCAUACCUAGUUUAGCUUUAUUUCUUGAUGAUAAAGUCUUUGGUGAUGUAAUGCAACUCGGGAUGAAUAUGAGAGUUUGGUGUUUUGGUAGGGCCAUUUUCUCGGGGUGUACUGGAAGUUACUUUUUUCAAGCAAAUGUUUGAAUUGCAUCGUGAAAA